AUUGAUGAUACUAAUCAAGGGAGGAUGAGAUCAUAAGUGAGUUUUAUCUGAUCAUCCUCAUUAAAAUUGUCUCCAUGUUUAUUAAUUGUUGUCAGAGUGUUGGAAAAACAUCAGAUAAAUUCAAGUUUUACUCCAAACAAUUUACAAAUCAAAUCAAAUCAAACCUUCAUUAGUUUACAAUCACAAUACCAAACAACUCAAUCAAUUUAAAAUUUUCAAUCUACAACUGAUUUAACUUUAAUUGUGUUAAUUGUUUUUCUCACCCUUCAUUUUAUUAAAAGUUGAUUCUCAAGCAAUCAAGACAAUUAUGUCAUUUCUUAAAACCUUUGCUUUAAUUUCCCGUUUUUCUGGAAAAAAGUUAACCUCAAGUCGAAGUUUAUCUUCUAAAUCGAUUCAUGUUUCGAACUACGAUUACGAGACACUUCAGGUGUCAUCGCCUUGUGAGCACGUUCUUCACGUUGAACUACAUCGAUGUGACACCAAAAAUGCUCUAAAUAAGGAAAUGUUCAGAGAAUUAUAUGAAUUAUUUUGUCGAAUUAACGAUGAUCAACAUUGUCGAUCUGUUGUUCUAAGUGGAUCUGGUAAACAGUUUUCCGUUGGCCUUGAUUACAACGAUAUGACCGAAAUGGUUGCCCAAAUAAGAGGAACCUCACCUCGAACUGCUGGAAUGACCGAUAUCGCUCGUAAAGCAAAAUAUAUCAGAUCAAUGAUCUUAUUGUUUCAAGAUUCGUUUACAGUUUUGGAACAAUGUUCAAAGCCAAUAAUCGCAGCGAUACAUGGAUCUUGUGUUGGCUCGGCUCUUGGACUAGUGGGUGCAACAGAUAUUCGUUACGCUUCCCAAGACGCUUAUUUCCAGGUCAAAGAGAUCGACACAGGAAGAGCACCAGACAUGGGAUUCUUACAGAGAGCUUCAAGAAUCUCUGGCAAUGAGAGUUAUAUUCGUGAGAUGAUUUUCACCGCAAGAAAAGUACCAGUCACCGAAGCGAAAGAGAUGGGACUAGUUAGUAAAAUAUUUGCCGACGAAGAGUCAACGAAAAAAGCAGCCAUUGAAACGGCUUCUUUGAUUGCGACCAAAAGUCCAGUUGCCGUUCAGGGAAGUAAAAUGUGCCUUCGAUAUUCACAAGAUCAUAAUAUCCAAGAUGGACUCACACUAAUGGCCAAUUGGAAUAUGGCAAUGCUACAAUCAGAGGAUGUCGAAAAUGCUGCCAAAGGCUGGAGAAAAGAUUCUACCGAAGUUCCAAAAUUUUCUGACCUGUAAAAUGAACGAUGAUGAGAUGAAAUAUCGAUAAUAUAAUGAUAAUAUUUCAUUCACGAAAAUGUACAGAAAGAUAAAUAUGAUAAUAUUUUACAUCUCAUUAGGAUCAUCAUCAUUUCUCUCUCUCUCUCUCUCUCUCACCAUCAUCAUCAUCAAUAGCAAGAAGCAUCAAUUACAAUAUUUACAUGUUAUCAUGAUAAACAUGAUGAUCCAUUGAAUGAAACAAAAUUAAUGAUUGUUGUAUAAAGCUAAUCAUUAGUUGAUAAUUUAUAUCUUGUAUAAAUAACUUGAUUAUUGUGAUGUUUUCAUCAACCAUAAUCAUCAUGGUUCUUGUUUUUUUUUGUUCAUUGUUCAUGAAAAUAAAAAAAAAUGAUGUUCUCCUCAUGAUAAUAGUAACAGUGACUGACAAUUCAAUGUUAAUUUACUUCUAAUCAUUACAUCAACAAUUAUCUAAUUGUUACCUUUGUAAAUAAACGAGAGAAAAUAAAAAUUCUGGUUUCAUGGUGAA